AUGAUCACGAUGGGGAGCAACGGUGUGGCGGAGGUGGACCUCCUCACGGAGCAGAUGUACUCCGCCCCCGACCCGGCUGCUCGCCGGCACGCGCAGGCCUCGCUGGAGUUUCUCACCAAGGAGGAGACCGACAGUCGCCUGCAGUACGCCAUUCUCCAGCAGUCCAACAGCCAGUACACCCUUGUCUUCAUGGCCCAGAGUCUGGUGCUGUGGUUUCACUCCACCCGCAAGUGGAUGACGCUGGAGCAGAAGCGAGAGCUGAUUGUGGUGCACUGCGGCGGCUGCCUCAAACGCAUGUUUGAUAGCGGGGCACCGAAACACGUGGUGUCAAGUUUGCUCGCGGCCUACGCCAAGCUUACGAAGCUGGCGUUUGAGAAGGAACCCUUACUAGAGGCGGCGGUGGAUUACCCUGUGGAGAUGUUGAUGCAGGGGCAGGAGGCCUCCCCCGAGGCCGCGCUGAGCCUGAUGCUUCUCACCGCCAUGGUGCAGGAGUUUUCGCGGUUCGAUUUCAUGAAGUCGCACACGUAUCUUACUUUUUCGGCUCAUCGUCACUGCAGCGCCAACUUCAAGGAGGAGUGUCUGCUUAAAAUUUUCCUGGCGGUGCUGAAGCAGCUGGAGGGGCUGACGCCCAACUCCCCACACGUUGCAGAGGUCGUGAAGUUGUUGGAGAGCUGCCUCCAGUUUGAUUUUCGGGCCAUCAUGAUGGAUGAGACGGAGGAGUUGCCGUUUGCGCAGUUUCCUUCGUCGUGGAAGAGCACGCUGCUGAACAAGCAGAACCUCGCCACUUUGUGGCGGCAGCACGCAAGCCUGCCCUACCCGCACUGCGCCACCCUGCUCGCGGGCAUCGUUAAUGUCUGCGGCGUGCACCGCACGCUCUUCGACUCCCCGGAGGAGCGGGAGCAGUACCUGGAGUACACCCUCAGAAUGCUGACCGAGGCGACGAUGAUACAGGACGGCCGGAUGAAGCUUCCACUGUACGUUGAGGCACUCGCCACCGCAUGUCAACGGGUCUUGACCUCGUUUGGCUACCGUGAGUUGCGUCCGCUUAACGCCUUUGAGCCGUGGGUCAGCGCCCUCUGCAUGCUGUCGGUGGAGGUGGUUUCCAUCCCGUUCGGCCAGGAGGGCAGCCUCACCACGGCCAACAACAUCCUCUCCUUCUGGGUCACCCUGACCACCUCCAAGCGGCGCUCUUACCAGGAGCACACGCUGCGCGACAUUGAGAACUUCCUCACACAGGUGCUGCAGAGUUUUAUCAGCGCGCGUCUGCGCAGCUCAGAGGAGGACGCGGGGGACCCCAACUCGGUCUGCGGCGGCGAUGGCGAUGAGCUGAUCAAAGUGGUUCUUUCCCAGUCCACCGCCUACGCAGCCAUUUGCCUGCUAGACCCCGUCACCUGCAUGAGUGACCUUGCCACCUACCUCAAUGAACGCGUUGGCCCCUCGCUGCUCGCGUCGCCGCUCUCCACAGGGUGGCUUUUCUACCUCGCCGGAAGCGUCAUGCAGCUCGUGCUCCCCAACGCGGAGGAUGCGGGGGUGACGUCGUCUUCGCAUGCCUUUUCCUUCACCGUGUGGUGCGCCAGGCAGCGACUGGGUCGUGACGGAGACCCCGCCCUGUUUGGACGCUUCGUAGAGUCUGGACUGCUACACUUCCUGACGCACCUGCAGAUGGUCUUUUCCGGCGCCCGUCACGGCGCCCUCUCGAUCAUUGUCGCAAACGUUUUUGGAUCGCCCACGCGACUGUUUCAGUUUAUCCUGGAUAACGCGGGCCACAACCUGUUGCGUGGGCCCGACGAUGCGGGGGUUGUGGAUAUCAUCCGGGCAUCCGCGGCGGUUAUUUCAGACGCCUGCCGCGAUGCCUCACCGGCGCUGCUGCAUGACUUAAGUUUUGACCUUCCUCCCAUUGCCGAACUUCCUCUGGCGCAGUCGGAGCGCACGUAUAAGUUGCGCACUGACGUGAUGAAGGCACUCUGGUUUAUCCGUCGAUUCGGACCCACCAUCCGCAAGCAGGUGGAGUCCUACCUAGCUGGUGUUGAGGUAAGCAUGCUGCGGACGCAAAAAGGCGAGAUAACAAACCCAAGUUUUGUCGCAGGAUGGCUACGUGAUUUGCGCGGUGCGUGUCGGGCGUUAAGUGAGGACGCAGAGCGCUUUAAUGAGUUUGUGGAAUGGAUCACUUACCGCUCGCAACCCUUCUUGUCUGUCCUGGAUAAGGCAGCUGACUCCACCAUUGUCGUGAAUGCGCUGCUGCGCCUUUUGUGUGAAGUCGUGACAGCCAACAAGUACGGGCUGUUUCACGUGCGCUCCAGCAGUAACAGUGCGAUGGGGCUGGUGUUUUUCGACAGCGUUUGCGGAGUAAUGAGGAAGUUAGAGGCGACUGUGUUUUCCGACUACCACAUGGCAUCCCUUUGUGGGUCCACCGCGGAGUACGAAAAGACGCUAAAGCCGUGGAUGCUUUGUAUGGAUAUCAUGAAGAAGUGCGUUCAGGGCUCCUUUGUGCCGUUUGGGGCCAUGAUUUACUACAAUGACAAGAGCUACGAAAACAACGCCCUUCGUCUGGUGCGGAAGCUCACCAUGGUGGAUCCGAGUAUGUUCAGGGAGCGUCCAAAGAUCACCAAUGUCGCGCUUGAACUGCUGCGUUCAAUGGUGGAGGAGCACCUGUACUUUCCCCUCGCCCGCCUGGAGAGCGACGAGCUGCUGAAGCUGGUGGAGAUUGUCAUCAACAUUUGCGAGGACGUGGACGCCCCCACCGACGUCCUCAUGUACGGGCUGGGCUUCCUCACCUUCAUUGCGCGUAGGGUGCAGGAGGUGAAGGCGAUUUUUGUGACCCCCAACUUGCAGCCCGCGGAGGGCGGCGCGGCCCCCCCGCCGGUUUCGCUCUCGCACAGUUUUCCCCAAAGUAUCCCGUCCCCCUCUCCGGCGUCCCGCGGCGUUCAAGGGCCGCCCACAUCGCGAUACUUGCGGGAGGCGGACGAGGAAAUCGCCCGGCGACUCGCACCACAUCAUGACUUGUGGCCGCGCCUCAUUUCCGUCGCGAUGGGCGUCAUCGCGUUCCGCGAUUGCGCCGCGAGCAUCAGUAGCGGGGUGGUGUACCCCAUUUUCGAGGCCCACCCCCCGUUCUGGUACAACUUUGUGGAGCAGUUCGUGGAGUCGUACCCGGAGCGGAAGCAGCAGGGCGUGCGUGAGGCGCUCUCCAUCCUCACCAACGCCUCGGAGACGCAGGAAAAGUUCUUCUCUGAGGUCUUCACAUUUCGUCAGGCUCUGCGGCGCCUCAGCUCCUGA